GAGAGUGUGAGGGAGGGCUGUUAACUCCCUGCAUGCCAGCAGAAUUAGAUUUCCCUUCCCUUUGGGUUUGCUCUGCCGGCAGAGCGAGCCGAGCCCCGCUGCUAGAGAAGGGCAGGAAUCUGCAGCAAAAUCGAUGACAGUCUGAAAUCCUCACUAGUGCCAACCUCCAAAGUCUCGUCUGUCACUGCAGACCCUGACUAGUUGAAAGGGCAGCAGAAUUUCAACUCCAGUGGUCUUGAUUGCUUCUGGGCAAAGAAGCAGAGCUAACAAGGGAAGGGAUGUAAAGAGUUUCUCUUGGGCUUUUAUCAAACUUUUAUUUCCUGGCUGUGUGCAAAGAGGAGAUCCAACUUCAAUUUUCUGCCGAGGCUCUGGGUCCAGCCACCUACCUGAAGGUCUAGAAACCAUGAAGACUGAACUUUUUUUCCUAUGUCUCUUGGGAACCACAGCUGCAAUCCCGACAAAUGCAAGAUUUUUAUCUGAUCAUUCCAAACCAACCGCUGAAACACUGGUAACACCCAAAAAUAAGGAAAUCCCUACUGAAAGAAUUGAAGCUGCAAACAAUGAAAAGGAAACUACAGCUUCCACAGAAAAUGAUCCCAACCAUAAGGAUGAACAAUCUUCAGUAUUAACUUCAGAAGAGGGAACCCACAAACAGUCUGCCGAACAGGACAAGAACCACAGCCACGAGCUGGGCUUGGGAGAUCAGGACAGCGAUGACGAUUUAAGUGUGAAAGUAGAGUUUUCACCAACUGAAGGUAACUUCGAGCCAAAAGAAGAUACAAGCGAGUCACAAAAGAAAAAUCUCCCAGAGAACAUUGAUUUCCCGGCCACCAGUGCUAGUUCCUUUGUGGAUUCUAACCAACAAGAAAACAUCACACAGGGAGAAGAAAACGAAGAACAGCCUGUAAAUGAUUCACACCUUCAGUUGAUCAAGAACAGUACACAGAACCAAGACCUAAAAGAAGAAGAAAGUCAAGAGCAGGAUCUAAAUAUUCCCAAUGGAGAAGAGGAAGAGGAAAAAGAUCCAGGGGAAGAUGGCACCCCCAUGGAUAACCCAGACAGUGAGAAAGAAUUUCCAGAGGAAAAUUUUAACAGCAAGCAGGAAGAAGACAAUAAGCACUCUGAUGAUACCUUGGACACAUCCAGUCAACCGACUCAAGUAAGCAAGAUGCAGGAGGAUGGGCCUGAGCAAGGUAACCAGGAAGAAGAAGAAGACAAUUCUAAUGCAGAAACAGAAGAAGACAGGGCCUCAAACAUCCAUAAACACAUUCAAGAUACUGAAUGGCAGAGCCAAGAAGGAGAAACGGGCCUUGAGGCUCUUGGCAAUCUUAAGGACACAGAUAAAAAGUCUGUUUCUGAGGCUCUGCUCAUCGGUCCUACUGAUGAUAGUCACAUGGCACCCAGAAAUCAUGGGGCUGAUUCUGAUGGGGGUAAUGAGGACGCAAAGCACAGUGCAGGUGAUGACUACUUUGUCCCAAGCCAGGACUUUAUAGAGGUUGAAAAGUCCCAAUCCAUGUCCUAUCACCUCAAAUAUGAAGAGGAGAGAGAAAGAGCACGUAAGAAUGAGAAUGUAGACACCCGUGAGCCCGGAGACCACCAAGGGGCCAAGAAAGCGCAGAGCUCAUCCAAUGAAGAGACUUGGAGUGAAGGCCACACGCGGGAACACAGUGUUGAUUCCUGUGUGAACUUCCAGUGUAAAAGAGGGCACGUCUGCAAGGCUGAGCCACAGGGAAAACCCCACUGUGUCUGCCAAGACCCGGAGACUUGUCCUCCAGCAAAACCCCUUGAUCAAGCUUGUGGCACUGACAACCAGACCUACGUGAGCUCCUGUCAUCUGUUUGCCACUAAGUGCCGACUGGAGGGGACCAAAAAGGGACACCAACUGCAGCUGGAUUAUUUUGGGGCCUGCAAAUCUAUUCCUGUUUGUACGGACUUUGAAGUGGCUCAGUUUCCUCUACGAAUGAGAGACUGGCUCAAAAAUAUCCUCAUGCAGCUUUAUGAACCUAAUCCUAAACAUGCUGGGUAUCUAAACGAGAAGCAGAGAAGUAAGGUCAAGAAAAUCUACCUGGAUGAGAAGAGACUCUUGGCUGGGGACCAUCCCAUUGAACUUCUCUUAAGGGACUUUAAGAAAAACUACCAUAUGUAUGUGUAUCCUGUACACUGGCAGUUUAAUGAACUUGACCGGCAUCCUAUGGACAGGGUGUUGACACAUUCUGAGCUUGCUCCUCUGCGUGCUUCUCUGGUACCCAUGGAACACUGCAUAACCCGCUUCUUUGAAGAAUGUGACCCCAACAAGGACAAGCACAUCACCUUGAAGGAGUGGGGCCACUGCUUUGGAAUUAAAGAAGCUGCCCUUAUAUAAGCAUAUUUGGCUGGGCUUUCUCUUAACCUGUCCUUCCUGUCUGCGGAUCUCAACCUUGCACCAGCAGUACCUGCAAGGAUGUCUGUAUGUCUGCAUGACACUGGUCCAUCCCUGGAGAUUCUACUUCCAGAAGCCAUGGAUAAGGCCCAAGAAUAUGUAUUUUUUAAAGAUCAUGAGUAAUGCCGAUGCUCUACUAGGGUUGUCAGUCACCACUGUACCGCUGUAUUAGGUUUCUCUGAUCCUCCAGUUCUAACACUGUUUGUUCAUGCA